GGCCACUUGUGAGGAUUUCUCAAUUCAUCUUGAGUUUCUUCUAUGUUGUUUGCCCACUCUGAUUGAUUAGAUACCAUGGGCCGAACUUCUUCUUCUUCUUUUUUUCCGAUGGGGGAUGUGGGGACUGGGGCAUAAUGUAAAUAGCUGAAGUUGAGUAGGUAAAGUUGAAUCGCACAAAACGUUGGGUCCUAAGUGCAAAGGACCAUAAAAGCCUCAAACCCUAAAAUCCGCAAUUCUCAACCGAAGCUCUCGGUUCCAGUAUAUAUACUAUACAUACUAAACCUCUGCAUAAACCCUUCUUGUGCUGGUCAGCUUCUACCGCUCAGCCAUAAAGAAAAUGUCGAAUCCUAAGGUGUUCUUUGACAUACUGAUUGGAAAUGUGAAGGCUGGUCGGGUUGUGUUUAAAUUGUUUGCAGAUACUACUCCUAAAACUGCUGAAAACUUUCGCUCUCUUUGCACUGGAGAGAAAGGCAUUGGAAUUUCAGGGAAACCGCUGCAUUACAAGGGCUCAACCUUUCACCGCAUCAUUCCAAACUUUAUGUGUCAAGGUGGAGACUUCACUAGGGGAAAUGGGACAGGAGGAGAAUCUAUCUAUGGAAUGAAAUUUGCUGAUGAAAAUUUCCAAAAGAAGCACAUCCAACCUGGCCUUCUUUCGAUGGCAAAUGCUGGACCAAAUACUAAUGGAUCUCAAUUCUUUAUCACUACUGUUAGCACACCUUGGCUUGAUAAUAAGCAUGUGGUGUUUGGGCAGGUUGUGGAGGGUUAUAAUGUGGUUGAGGCAAUGGAGAAGGUGGGCUCAGCCAGUGGAAAGACUUCUUCAGCUGUUGUAAUAGAAGAUUGUGGUGAAAUGAAAGAACAGUAAGGUAGGCAAAAGUAGAUUUGCAGGAGAAUGAAACUAAAAUAUUUUGCUCUGUUCUUGUUAGAUGAUUAGUGCUUUGUAGUUACCUGGGAGGAACAAUUUCUUGUAAAGGAUGGUUUUAAGUGGUAUAGUUGGCCUAAAGUGUUCUUGCAGUAAUAAUAGAGGCUUGUUUGCUGAAAAAUCAGCUCAGUUUGGUAGCCCUACAA